AUGGCGGACGUUUCUAUGAAGAAAGUGAAAGAUCUCAUCGCAAAGAAAGAUGCUAUUGAAAAGGAAAUUAAGGAGUUUCAAGACGUCCUAGACUCGGUAAGAACUCUUGACUUUGAUUGGAUGUAAAAGUUGCACCAUUGAUAAAUUUUUUGGUUUUUUUUCAGCAAAAAGGAGUUGGGAUGAACGAAAAGCUGAUUGACGAAGAAAAUUACCCUCGUUCAGACAUUGAUGUUUAUACCGUGAGAGUCGCAAGAAAUCGGAUUAUAUGUAAGAAAUAUAUUUGUUUCGUGUAGUUUUCUCGGAAUAUGGAAAAACAUAAUUCUGGUGAUUACAGAACGUUACCAUUACAAAUGAAAUUUCAACCGAAAUUUUGCUGACUAAUGUCAACUGUUUUUCUUUUUUAUUUCAUCAUGACAAAUAGGUCUUCAGAAUGACCACAAGGCGCUGAUGAAAGAGAUAGAGGAAGGAAUUCAUGAAGUACAUGCUCAAGCACGAGAACAAAAAAAUAAACAAGAGACUCAACAAGACAAGGAAGUGGAAGGUAGCAAGGCUCAAUCACUUAACUCAUUACGCCGUAAAAUAAAAAAGUACCAGUAUCAAUAUUCUCCAUACUCUUCUUAACACAUUUCUUAAGGUGCUGACAAAGAGAAUUUGUUUGAAGAUCGAGAGCUUCUUUAGUUGGUGAUCAUUUCCUGUAUUCUCAUGACCUUCAUGUGUGAUUCAGGGGUGAUAUUGUUGAGAGAAAUUAGACACCAGUCUCUCUUUAGGGUCAAAGGGUUAAUUAUCAAUCAAUUAAUGUGUUUCCCUCCUGUUAAUAUAACUUUGUGUCACAUGUCAAUAAAUUGAUACCUUCUUAGAAAAAUCAUUUUUAAGACUUAGUAAAGAAAAAGGCAUCUAAUUAUCAAUGAACACUCUUAGACAUGGCCAUGGAUAUAUUUUCAGAUAUUUCGACCAAACUAAAAGCUUUCCUCAGAGUGGAUUCAGUAGCUAAUGCAUCACCAUCAUUCCAAGCUGUGAGUAUUUUAUUCCAUGUGUUCACUUUGCUCCUUACUGUCAUUUUUUUUUUGUUUUUUUUGUUGUGAACUGUUAGGUAAAUGACAGACUGGUCAAUUCUUGCUCUCUCUUUUGUAGGGUUUGAAAGUUGGUGAUCGCAUUUUACAAUUUGGUUCGAUAAAUGGUGAAAACUUUCACAGCCUUGCAGACAUAGCUUCUAUUGUACAGCACAGCAAAGGGGUAAAUAAUAAGUUUGUUGUACAUUUUGUUGUUUAGGUGUCUCAAGUUAAGCUAGGUUGGGUUAAUACAUUCAGUCCUUUUUUUAUUAUUAUUUUGUUCUAAAAAUGGUUUGUUUCAAUUUUUGUUAGUCUGAUGUAUUUCACUGCAUGAUGCAAUAAUAUUAGUCAUUGGUUCUUUAAAUAAACUGUGGCUUUGAAGCAUUUUUGUACAAUCUGUGUAUCAAAUUAAAUUAAUCUCUAAUACUUUGUCUAGAGACCAGUGAAUGUAACUGUUGAAAGAGGAGAGGGAACAAAGGCAAUCACUCUUACUCCAAACACAUGGAGUGGCCAAGGACUUCUAGGGUAAGACAUGCAUUCAGACAUUCUUUUUUACAUUUUCAUAUCAUUUCCAGUAUAGUAAGCCAACAGACUUAAGAAUAUUCUGUUGUUCUCAAAUGUUCUUAACAAUAACUGUGGUACAUCCUGGUUGAUAAAUUUUUUUUUACUUUUUUUUUUUAACAACAUGAAAAAUUUUGAAUUUAUUUUCAGUUGCCACAUUGUACCUGUGAAAUAGAAGCAAGUUUUUGCAAGUUAGUUUGUUAACCAGCAAGUUAUCAACAAAGAAAACUAUGCCAGCAACAUUCAAGCCCAAAUUUUAAACUGUUCAUAUCCAACUGGGUAAACAAGUUAGCAAUGUGAAGGAUGUUAGUCCAGGACAGAGCAUCAAGCAAAGUAACUCCAUAUUUUGAACCUUCUGAUGAAUGAGAUGGCAUGAAAAGCCCUUUGUGUAUUGCUCCUAUCUUGCACUGCCCUAAACAACAACGGGGUAUUUCACUUCUACUUGAAAUUUUUAUAUACUGUACCGCUGGGAAUAGACAUAUUAAGUUAUUAACAAGUGACAGUGUAAUAUGACAAAUUGUUUGACAUGCCAAGGUUAUGUAAAGUAUAUGUACAGUAUAUGUACCGUACCAAAAAGCUCAUAAGACAGUACAUUACCCAGUAUGUUGCAAUAAAAUACAGAAACAUUUCUAAUUCAGUACAAUCUGGUCACCUUACCUUCUUACAAAUUAAAUUUGACACAGUAAUAAUUUCGGCCUUUUGUGUGCAAAGAUUUUUUGAAGUUGUGUUGUAAAAGUAUAUGUAAUUCACAGAGUGUUGCUGGGCUCAAAUUUUCAGGUUUAUUAGUUACAAUCUGACCUCAUUUGUGAAUGAGUACGUAACAUUUGUGACUUUUGGAAACUACAUUUUGAGGAUAAUCAAAUCAAUUAACAAGUGUUUUGAUCAAUAAGCUUUCUGAAAACAAAGCAAUCGUACAAAUAGUUUUUCCCCAUAAAAAUCAUAGUUGAACAACUUCUUGUCCCUAGUACCCUCAGGAGUGACCUGUGAGUUAUUUACCUUUACAAUAUCCACACUUUGUGAAGAGGAAAGGCAAUGAAAAGA